AUGGUUGUUGCGUCAUGUUCGCGAUUUUGUGCUCUACGGUUGAACCUUAAAGUGACAUUAGCUAUUGAAUACCCAUUCGUAUUUGGCGAUAACCCGCUGAGCUAUAUUACUAUGACUGAUCGCGAAGAUAUUCCGCCGUAUGCCCAAUCUGAGGGCAAGCAGAAGAAAGGCCAACUGAGUCGCCGACAGCAGGAUGUAUACGCGCAAUCGUCAACAACAGCGUCGAGUUGUGAAAGCCAUGAAGAGCCUAUCGCCGUCGUCACACCGCAAUCUGUUCCAUCUGUUCUUGUCUCUUCUACCUAUACUCAUUCUCCUCUUUCGCACGCGCCUAAUAUUCCAUCAUCGUCUUUAGCGCAAUUUACCACCUCUAUCGCGUUAGACAGCGCGCAGUGCGCAGCGCAAGCAGCAUCUAAGUCACCCGUAAAGUUUACGCAUAAGCAAGCGACCACUCAAACACCGGCGAGCCCUCCAUCAGGCGUAAAGUCCACCGUGUUAACAUCUAUGACGCCAGACGUCAAACGGAGGAUAAUGUCGCUCGCGCAAGAAGAAGCGCGUCGCAACCUCAUUUCAGCUUCUAACGAACUGGAAUUGAGAGAGAUCAUCGCGACAAUAGAGCGACAGCGGAGAGAAGCCCACGAAAGGUCAAACGCCGCAGGGAAAGACGUACCCCUCAAGGCGAAUCCUUAUGCGCAUUACUUUUUUCCAACAUUAACGGUUACUGAACAUGCUGCUUCUUACAUCAUACCGCAUACUGUAGAGGAAUUAACUGCGCAUCAAUUACGCGUAGUGUAUGAGUAUAUAGCGCGAACCAACUCCAUCAGGUCGCAGAUUCCAUCCUUGGUAGAAAACCCUCCGGAGGUAGAAAUGACUCCGGAAGUGGAACGAGAGCAGGUUGGACGAAUAGUCCACUAUGUGCGACAGCUGAAGACCAUUUGUGAUUCCGCCAUUUUAGCGUUUCAGAAUGUAGGUACCUUAAUCGUUUGCAAGCCCGCGCAUCAAAUCCGCUAUACUGUUCUCAUGGCUUGGAUCCAUGAGUUGCAGCACUUCAUCACUGCAAUCACAGUUCAGCGCGAUUUGCUUCAAGAACUAAUGCUGCCUCGUUUUUUAAGUCCUGCAGGCGAUCAAGACUAUAUGCGCGCCACGUUAGAAGUCUUCCACGUUACAGAGGACGUACUUCGAGAAGCGCUGAUGAGUUCAGCAGCCAUUUCGGCACAUGCUACUCGAUUAAUACGCACUCUGGAAGCGUUCCAGUUGAUGCACGUGCUGUAUCAUCAGCAUCGUUAUACUACUCCGCUGGACGAAGACUAUCAACGUUUGCUUGUUCCACCUCAAACAGGUAACCUACCCACAACACCAGAAACGUAUACGCAAUCACUGCGUUGGUGGCAAUCCAAUUACGAAAAGGCCUUGCACACAACUGUGACUUCAGAAUACCUGCAAGUUGUAGAACGCGAAGGACCGCUUCUUCCGGAGGCAGUUAGGGAACAUGGUAGAUCAGCAACAAGUUCUGCUUCACCACCACCACCCGCGAGAUCCGAAUCGGUAGCGAAACCGUCCGUAGCAGUCACUGCUGCCCCGCAGGCUUUAACGCCAACUGAGCCCAGUGUGACUCAAGGCGUGACGAAGAAGCCCGCAGCCGCGCAAGAACAACCUAAGGCAAGUAAGAACGCAGCGUUAUGGACGCCCACAGAAGACGUGUCACCGCGUAGGUUAACAGCCGCGUCAUCUGUAGAUCCCUCAUUGGGUAAGGAAAGUACUUCCGAAUCCUCUGGGGACAGUAAUGCGACCGUAGCGCCUACCGCCUCUAGAGCGCCUAGUGUAGUGACUAAGCUCGCGAGAACUUCGGAUCCUACGUUAGCAGACUUUCGCCGUUCUAUUUCUUCUCAGAAGCCUCAUCAAGACAUCAGAGUAGCGACGGAAGCAGGUAAGAAAGAACAGCAGCCAAAUUCACCAUCGGCUAAGUCCACGGAGCCCUCAAAAGAAUCAGCUUUAUCUAAACAAAGUUCAUCCAUACCUAGUUCCUUACGCGCAAAACCUAGGUCCCCAUCCCCAUCCUCGUUCCGGGGGGAGGCUGGACUACCGUCCAAUCGUUCGCAUUUCGGCGAAGGCACUAGUCAAGAUGAACCGCAGUUUAGAGCGAGGGAAUCUCUGGACCGUGCUAGGGCACGUUCACGAGAUCCGCCCUCAGUCAGAUCAUGUAGUGUGCAUUCCGAACGCCAAAGUCCAUCACGCCGAGAACCAUGGCACAGACCACCUUGUGCAUUUUGUCUUGGUAAUACGCAUUGGAGUGCGGAAUGCCCAAAUUAUAGGAUUUUGUCGGAGCGAGUGUAUAUGGCAGAAGAUUAUCGCAUUUGUUCUAAUUGCCUUCGCGAUCACUUCGGUGAUUGCAUUCGUGUCGACAAUUGCGCUUACUGCCGUAUGCCUGGCCAUCAUCCGGCUUUCUGUGUUGAUAAUCCGUAUGUUGAGUCGGAUGUCGGCAUGCCCGCAAGGCAGUUCUACCAAGAAAUCGCCAGACGGACUUACCAACGUCCACCUCCAGGUCGGAUUUGCAGAAGACCGCAUGAUUACCCGCGACGUCGAAGUUUUAGACAACCUUCUCGUUCGCCAUCAUCAUCCCCUUCGAGGGGAGGAUAUCGCUAUUAA